GAAUAACUACUUAUGUCAAAAAAAUAGAAAAAGAAAUCUGUACAUUUGUAAAAUCAAGAAGUAAAAAUAUGAAAAAAUAAAGAAUAUAAAUAUAUUGCGACAAAGGACAAUGUAAUAUCACGUCCAAGUUAGUCGCAAAAUGAUAUUCAGUCUUGUUAUGUUCCAGUGAAAUCAAAAUGGGUGGUGGGUCUAGCAGGCCCUCAUUAAACCUGCUCUCAAGUGCAUUAUCGCGAAAAAGAAUAAAGAACAGCAUAAACCAGGGUGCUACCCCCUGUAAAUUCGAUGUCAAAACAGCCGGAACCAGGAGGUUCAAAUACCUCGGACUAGCCGACACCUGCUCUAGACCUACCGCCACAUUGAACUUUUCGGUGCCACGAAUUUCAGACCGGACGCACUGUACGCUAUGGAAGGCCGACCGAAGCCCAGCAUGUCGCGCCGUCAUGAUGGCCUUAGAUGCUAUGAACAUCGAUGUGCGUGAAGUUGACGUCAAUUUGGACAAGGGAGAACACAGGAGUGCUGAGAUCACGGCGAUGAACCCUCGUCAGACUUUACCAAUUUUAAAAGACAAGGAUUUGGUACUGUGCGACAGCAACGCCAUAGCAACUUACAUGGCCGCACGUUACGGCUCUGCAGCAGCUAACAUGUUACUGCCUGCCGACCCAGCUGGCAGAGCUCUAGUAGAACAGUAUAUGCACUUCAACAGCAGUGUCCUCUAUCCGCAGUAUAAAGCUGCUUCAAAUCCAAUCCUCUACCAAAACGUUCGUGUAAUCGCCAUGCCCACUUUCUGCGAGAUUCACUGCGCAUACUACGAUAUGGAGAACAUGCUGAAAGACCGGCCGUGGUUCAACAGGGGCAACUGGCCGUCGAUGGGAGACAUUAUGCUAGCGGCCACUGCCAGCACUUUGCAUAUAUUGGUGCCUAUACAAAAGAAGAAAUAUCCAAAAUUGGCUUCAUGGCUCUUCCGAAUGUCCGAGCGCAAUUUCUACAUAACUGCCAAUAAGAACGGUCUCGCCGAGUUCGCUAAGAGAAUAAAUGUUAUAGAGAGUCACUCAAUAUUGAAAGAAACAACGCAAACGCAGGAGAUUUAUAAAGCGCCAACUCCUGAACCGAAACAAAUGAAGCAGCAAGAAGAUCAAGGAGACAAUAACGAUACUGUAGUCGUCACGGAGGCGCGGAAGUCAGUUGACAAGCCGAUUAAGUACAAAGGUGACCGAUGUUGUUAUCUCGCGGACUUGCAAGACCUUCGUAACCCAAGCCCCAAGCCUAAACCUGAAUGAGGGAGAUCGGCUACCCAUAUUUACAAAAUGAAGACCAAGUUUAAUUUGGAAGAACAGUUUCAGACAUAAUUACUUUUAAAUCGGGACUUAAUCGCAUAAACAUAUUAAACUGACCUCCAACGUUUCAGGGACGGUGUUGUCCCCGCGGUCUCGGAGAAGACAGAUCGGAGAUCAGCGAUUAACUCCCGAUUUAAAAGUAAUUAUGUGUAAUAAUCUUGAAAGCUUAAACCAGAGUUUCAGAUAUAUUUAUAAAUGUGUAAGCAUAUUUUGUCAAAAUGUUUUUUAGUGUCUGGUAUUCUUGUUAUUUAACAUGGUUCUCAUAUUAUUCAAGUCUUUGUGAAAUUGCUUGUAACAAUAUUUAAUGAAGUAUAAUAAAUUUUUAAGAAAUUGAAAUGAUUUGGCUUUUUU